UUGCUCAUUCUGUCUUCAAAAAUGUCCUCCAUCGUUGACGGAACGCCUGCGGACUCGCACAGUCUGGACGGUGAUAAGAAAUGGAGCUUGCAACCCUUGAUCCGCAAGGCUGAGCGUUCUCAUAGUCGAAUGCCCGGAAUUCGCAAAAUUCCUCUUCGAGCCAUCGCGAUCAUUGCCCUGAUCGCCUUUUUGAACAUCAUCGUGUGGGCCGCCGCAGCGAUUGUGCUGCACUAUCAUCCAUCCAUGAUUUCCACUGCAGCUCUAGCAUAUUCUCUCGGCUUGAGACAUGCAUUCGAUGCGGAUCAUAUUUCCGCCAUUGAUUUAAUGACUCGACGAUUGUUGGCAACCGGCCAAAAGCCUGUCACGGUGGGAACUUUCUUUUCCCUUGGGCAUUCCACAAUCGUGAUCAUCACAUCCAUUGUCGUCGCAGCUACCGCCGCUGCAGUGUCGUCCAAGUUCGAUAGUUUCAGCAAAAUUGGCGGAAUCAUUGGUAGCUCCGUCAGCGCGGCAUUCCUGAUCCUACUUGGCCUGAUGAACGUCUAUAUUCUGUUCAAAUUAAUCAAGCAGAUGCAAAAGGUCUUCAACUUGCCUGAAGGACAAGAGGACGAAGCUUGGAAGAUCGAGGGUGGAGGACCACUGUUCUCCAUCUUGAAGAAAAUGUUCAAAUUGAUUGACCGCCCUUGGAAAAUGUAUCCUCUUGGUAUCUUGUUCGGACUCGGUUUUGACACCUCAUCUGAGAUUGCGUUGCUCGGUAUAUCAUCCAUCGAGGCUGCCAAGGGGACAUCGUUCUGGGUGAUUUUGAUUCUUCCUGCGUUGUUUACCGCUGGAAUGUGCCUCUUGGAUACCGUUGAUGGGGCUCUCAUGUUCUCUUUGUAUAUCCAACCGGCACAGAACUUCCUGUCCCAGAAGGCCGCCAAUCAAGUCCUUGAAACGGCUUCGGAAGUUGGUGAUGACGAAUUACCCCAGUCUAGAGACAAUCAUCGAGAUCCCGUGGCGUUUUUGUACUACUCGAUUGUACUGACCGUUCUGACCGUCAUUGUUGCCAUUGUUAUUGGUGUAAUUCAGCUCUUGACCAUGAUUCUCAAUGUCACCGAUGCGACCGGAAAGUUCUGGGACGGUGUGCAAAUUGCCGGCGACUAUUAUGAUGCCAUCGGUGGUGGCAUUUGUGGGUGCUUUAUCAUAUUCGGAGGAUUGAGCGUUGUGGUGUACAAGCCGUGGCGGAGAUGGAUGGACCGACGCCACGGGCGCUCUACCGUGACCGACGAAGAGAGAUACCAAGAUGAGGCCCCUGACCCUACGGAGGAUGGUGCUGCAGCUGGCUCCACAGCUGAAGAGGGUGACAUGUACGAGCGUGAGCAGACCACUGUUGUUUGCAAAGGGGAUUCCACUCGUGUCACUGCGACUGAAGAGCGACGGGUCGAUGAUCAGAUCGUCUAG